AUGCGUACAAUAAAGCAGUUGUCAAUAGAAAAGGAAGUUUUACGCCAAUAUUCUGACCUUAUUCGUCAAAUGUUAAUAUCUAGUAGUAUUGCUGCAUCAGCCUCGGCUGCUGACGCAUUUUUUGAUUUAUUUGAUCGAAUACCAGCUAUCGAUAAUACAUCUACUGAAGGUCGAGAAUUGGUUGAUUUUCGUGGCGAGAUAAAAUUUGAUCAAGUCAAAUUUAUUUAUCCAACACGACCAACAUCUGUUAUUCUUAACAAAUUUCAAUUGAAUAUCAAACCAGGUCAACGUGUAGCUCUUGUUGGUACAUCAGGAAGCGGAAAAUCAACAACUAUUCAACUGUUGGAGCGAUUCUAUGAUGUUACACAUGGUGGAAUACUUCUUGAUGGCUUUGAUAUUCGACAACUAAAUCUUCAUUGGGUUCGUUCUCAGUUUGGUCUUGUUUGUCAAGAACCAAUUUUGUUCGAUUUAACAAUUGCUGAAAAUAUAACAUAUGGAUUAGAAAAUGUUCCAAUGGAAGACAUUAUUAAUGCAGCAACUAAAGCUAAUAUUCAUCAAUUUAUUGAUCAGUUACCUCAGGGUUACGAAACAAAAAUAGGGAUUAAAGGUAGUUUUCUGUCAGGUGGGGAGAAGCAACGUAUUGCCAUUGCUCGAGUUCUUAUUCGUCGACCUAAAGUAUUACUCUUAGAUGAAGCUACAAGUGCCAUGGAUUCAUACAAUGAACAGAUUAUACAAGAAGCUCUUGAACAAGCUCAAAUAGACGAUCCCAGUCGAACAUCACUCAUUAUUGCUCAUCGGCUUUCAACUAUUCGUUCAUGUGAUCUGAUUUGUGUACUUGAGGGAGGACAAAUAGUGGAAAGUGGUACUCAUCCAGAAUUGAUACAACAACGUGGAGUUUAUUAUAACAUGCUUGCUCAAAACAAUUUACAAUGA